AUGGGUUGUGUAUUGGGGCGACCCGUCUCAUCAUCAGACUCAGUUUCCGGGUCUAGACACCAAAUCAGCACGAGUCUCGAGUCUAAUCGAAAAGAAGUGAAGGAGCCCAGAAUCGAACCCGAGACCAUUAGUAGCAUUGUUGUUCCUGUUGUUGCAGAGGUUAAGGAGGAGAAUGAAAAGCCAAAAGGAGAAAGCAAAAGGUCUAAUAAGGCUGACCCAAAGCGGAGUAAUCCUCAGGUCGUUGCAGGUUGGCCAUCUUGGUUAUCUGAAAUCUGUGGAGAAGCUCUCAAUGGUUGGCUUCCACGAAAGGCUGAUUCUUUCGAGAAGAUUGAGAAAAUUGGAUCAGGAACGUAUAGCAAUGUGUACAAAGCGAAAGACUUGUUAACAGGGAAGAUAGUGGCGUUAAAGAAAGUGCGUUGCGAUGUAAUGGAGAAAGAGAGCUUGAGGUUUAUGGCGAGAGAGAUCUUGAUCUUGAGGAGACUAGAUCAUCCCAAUGUCAUCAAAUUGGAAGGCUUGGUUACUUCGAGAAUGUCAAACAGUUUGUACUUGGUGUUCCGUUACAUGCACCACGAUCUUGCUGGUCUUGUCGCUAGCCCUGACAUAACAUUCACCGAGCAACAGGUUAAAUGCUAUAUGAAACAGUUGCUCUCGGGGCUUGAGCAUUGUCACAGCAGAGGCGUGCUUCACCGUGACAUUAAAGGAUCAAACCUUCUUAUAGACGACGAAGGAGUUCUUCAGAUAGGGGACUUUGGUCUGGCGACGUUUUUCGAUCCGAGAAAAAGGCAGCAAAUGACAAACCGUGUGGUCACGUUAUGGUAUAGAGCACCGGAGCUUCUCCAUGGUGUUGUUGAGUACAGUGUUGGUAUUGAUUUGUGGAGCGCCGGUUGCAUUUUGGGCGAGUUACUUGCUGGUAGACCGAUAAUGCCAGGUCGAACCGAGGUUGAGCAGCUGCAUAGGAUCUAUAAGCUAUGUGGAUCGCCUUCGGAAGAGUAUUGGAGGAGAAUCAAGUUACCUUCUAGUCAUAAGCAUGCUCAACACAAGCCCUUGCCGCAGUAUAAGAGGCGUGUAAGAGAGGUUUAUAAAGAUUUCUCACCUGAGGCACUUUCUCUUAUUGAUACUCUCCUUGCACUUGACCCUGCUGAGAGAAAGACUGCCACAGCUGCAUUAAUGAGUGAUUUCUUCACAACGGAGCCUCUUCCGUGUCAACCUAUAGAUCUCCCAAAGUAUCCUCCAACUAAAGAGAUUGAUGCCAAGAGAAGAGACGAAGGGUAUCGAAGAGUAAGAGAGAAUCGUAAAGCAAAAGGCGAGAGUGGAAGAAGAACGAGAACUAGAGAGCGAGCUCAUAGAGCAAUGCCGGUUCCAGAGGCUAAUGCUGAGAUUCAAUCCAAUAUUGAUAGGAUGCGUAUGAUAACACACGCAAAUGCAAAGAGCAAAAGCGAAAAGUUCCCUCCUCCACACCAAGACGGUUUGCUCGGUUAUCCAGUGGGACUGUCUCGGCGUUUUGAACCAUCUGAGAUACCUUUUAGCUCAACCUCAUUCUCUUCUUACUCCAAUGAGCCUCUCCAGAUGUGGUCUGGUCCUCUAGUGCCGGUGGAAGUUUCUGACAUAGCGGCUGAGACACGGAGGAAUGGUGGCUGCAGCAGUAGCAGUUGGCGGAUGGAUGUGAAGGUUAAAGGAAAAAGAGCCAUUGUUUGA